AUGCGUUUCGGUGCACUUGUUCUCGCCUCCGUGGCGACAAUUGCCGCUGCAGCUCCCACCAACAACGUCUUCAACAAUGUUUACGAUUACAACUCGAAUCUGGAGGAGUUCUACUGCAAGGUCAGCAGCUAUAUCGAGCAAUUUGCGGGCGAUGUUGCUUCUGCUACUUGUGAUAUGUCCAAUGUGGCAUUGCCUGCAGCAGCAAGCGUGCUACCUUCACCCACCGGCACGCUGAAAUACGUUGCAAUUGGUCGUGGUACUCAAAACUACACUUGCGCCGACUCCACAGAAGAUACCGUGCCGGUGCAAAUUGGAGCAGUUGCAAAUCUGUACGAUGCGUCCUGCAUUGCCGCCAACUUCUCGGAUCUGCUAGAUCUCCUUACCGAAAUUGUUAUCGACUUCGCACUUCCUAAUUCAAGCGUGCAGACUCCGUUGGCUCCCGCAAAUAUUGACCUGUUGGGCCACCACUAUUUCUCGAACUCAACUACACCUACCUUCAACCUCAACACUACACCCGAGAAGCAGUACGGAAUUGCUAUGGCAUCCAAAAAAGAUGCAAUAGAUGCUCCUUAUGGCUCAAUCGUCGGUCAGAACAAUGAGGGAUACGGUGCUACUACUUGGUUGUACCUCACCACCAUCGCCGGUACAGUGGGUGACUACAAGGAAGUGUACAGGGUCAACACUGCUGGUGGCAAUGCGCCAACCAACUGCUCGGGCCAAGCUUCAACGAUUGAAAUUCAGUACUCCGCACAAUAUUAUUUCUAUGUCUAA